AUGGGUCCCAACUUCGAGCGAAAUCCGCAGGAUGGCUCUCCAUCUCGAGGGGAUUUCGCCAGCUAUUCUGCCUACCUGUCCAGCGUGUUCAACCAAGUCACCGCAGCGACGCCCACGGAAAAUGUAGCGACAGUGACCUCGGCCGCGGCCAGUGACGACCGUGACAAUCAACACACAUCCGUCCCCACAGCCAGGACAUCACAAUCCUACCCCGAAACGCUAUCUCGACAAACCCAGAUUCCGGUCAACACAUACAGCAUAACCACGUCCGGCUCGAGUUUACCGCCCUCUACCUUUGCAACCGCGACGUCGGCCGGGACCCAGACUCGGACCCCAAAUAGCGCGACAGUCACUGCGCAUGCCGAGAACAACAGCUCAGCGUCUGCCUUCCACGCUGACCACCACGAUGAUGGCUUAUCGCAUGGCGAGUUAGCAGCCGCAAUCGUCGUCCCCAUCAUCACCUCCCUUUCAAUCAUCGUCCUCGCAAUCAUGUGUCUUCGCCGACGGAAAAAGACGAAACGAGCCAGCACCUCCAGCGACGCGAGUCGAGGAACGAAGAGAUCAUUUUCCGGCGCAGCGGCCGGGUUGAAAGAGAAAUGGGGCAGUGUCCGAAGUAGUGCUUCGUCACAGCAUCGAGAACCCGUCAUCACCUCAGCAUCAAACAACGCAUACAUGACAGGUCUCGACACCUCCCUGAGGAGCAACAGCCCCGAACAACAACAACAACAUCACCACAGCGGAGAAUUCUACCUCCCCAACCACGAAACCCAGACCGGAGAAAUCCCUCCUCCUCCUCCACCAUACAUCCUCGGCGCCCCAUCCAUCCCCCCUCUAACCAUCAGCCUCCCCCCCUCCCGCCGCCCCAGCGCCGUCGAUCUCCACGACCACGACCACGAACUCUCCCACCUCUACCUCGCCGCCCCUUCCCCCGCCUUCCUCGACUCCUCCGCCCGCAGCAUAAACUCAGACGUAUACUCGGAAACCGCCUCGGUGCACUCGGCGCGCGCCGCGCGGAUGAGUAUUGGAGGCCCCAUCACAGUUCCCAUGCUGAAUACCAGCAAGAGCCGAGCGACGAUGAAAGACGGUGGGAAGAGGAAUUCGGAUCCUUUUGGUGAUCCGCUCACGCCGAUUAGUGCCAUGACGCCGGUGGGAGUGAGGUCUAGGCAGGGGAGUCGUGGGACGGGAUAA